GAUGCUAUAAAAGCGGAAGAUGUGCCUGUGUUACAUAUACAUAUAAAGAUAUAAAUUCUACAUCCUUGUAUCCCUAGAUUCUUAUAACCCCUACACAUCCCUAGCCUGUUUAAAUCCGAGUAGUGUAAAACAGUCUCAAAGUAUUACAAGUAAAUAAAACACUUAUUAAUUGAAAAAUGACCGAUGAACGUAAUUUUCGCUCAUCCUACUACGAGAAGGUAGGAUUUCGUAGCGUCGAGGAGAAGAAGUCUUUAGAAAUACUACUGAAGGAUCGACCUUUUGACAAGGCGAAACUGAAACAAUUUUGUUUACGAUUUACAGUUCCUGUCAUAUACAGAAAUUUCCUUUGGAAAAUAUUACUGGACGUGAUACCAGUUUACGUAGAUAGUCAUAAGUUCAUAAUGACUCAAAGAAAGGCUGAAUUUCAGGACUUGCAGAAAGCGUUAAAGGUUACCAAGAUUUUGGAUGAUUACACAAAACCUCAUUUAAUGUUUCUAACUAUGUGGUUAUUGCGUACUAGGAGAGCAAAGCUUGAUAUAAAUGCUCAAUUAGAAAUUCCUUUACAUAGAGCUAUGUGCAGAAUGGCUGAAACUUUAUGGCACAUUGUUGACAUUGAUUCUCAUGAAGAAAAGCUUGUAGACACAUAUUGGAUAUUGUGUGGACUUUUGGAUCAAGUACAAAAAUUUCAUAAAGAAGUGAACAGGCUGCAGGAAUGUACUUGUACAUUGCUGGAAAGAGAAGACCCAGAACUGUACAAACAUCUUGUAAAAACUGAAGCACUUCAUAAUGUCCCAUAUGAUGUUUGGUUUUGUUCAUGUUUUGCAGGAACAAUAUCUGAUGGUUCUAUAGCAAAAAUUUGGGAUAAAAUAGCUGUGGGUGCAUACAGAAUUUUAAUUUUUGUUACUGUAGUGACUUUUACAACUUUAAGACGACUUUUAUUAAGAUGUGAAAACAUAGAUGGAAUCUUGGAUACUAUUUCUAAUAUAACAGAAGAAACUUCAGAAGUAAUUGUUAACAAAGCAAUUGAAUCUUGGCAACAGAGUGGUUCGACGCUAACGACUAUUUCACAAAUUGCUUAAAAAAAUCAUAUGUAGCAGAGAAGUGACUUUAAAGAAUAUAUCUUCUAACUAUAAUUGGAAUUGUA